AUGCUUGACGACGAGGACUGGGGCUUUGGGGAGUUCCAGUCGGCACCCGGCGGGGAGCCGGGCCCGAGCACCGACGACGGCCGGAGCGACCCCUCGUGGAGCCAGCCACGGCGUGGAAUGAAGGGUAUAGGCUCGGAGGAUGCCCUCCAGCCGGGCAUGGAGGUGCUGUACCUUGGGAGGGACGGGGGCGAGCUGCCCGUGCAGGUGGUGUCUGUUGACAGGAGUGUCCUGCCAUACAGCUAUGGCAUCCUGCUGGGUGGGAACUACCGUGAGACAGAGGCCAGCCGGCUGAGGGUGGCGGGCGACGGUGCUGGGAAUCAGGAGGUGUACCCGCAGACGCUGAUCCCCUCUGGUCUGAGCCAUGGUGGGGUCGAGAGGUGCUGCAGCCCAGAAGCAGCCGUCGAGCUGCGUACCGAGAGUGCUGACUUUUCGUUUGGGGAGUGGACGGGGCUGGAGGUGAGCACCGUGCUCGUCCCGACUGAAGCCACCGCCAUGCACACUGGGGCCCUGGAUGCCAUGGGACCUCCGAGCGCGCCGGUGGCGGCUGCAAACCACGACUGGUCAGAACCGCUUCCUGAGGACCUCUUUGGAGGGGCGGCGACGGAUGAAGCCGAGGCUGCGUCUCGGGAACUGGACCCCCUUCGCACUGACCUUGCCUUGGACACCCUGCAAGUUGAGCCCAGGAGCUUUGAUCCCAGGGCAUGCGCCCAAUUGCUCUCCGAGGCCGCACCGGCGCUGGCCAGCCUCUCGGCGCCCGGUGUGGCGCUGGCGGCCGAGCUGGAGGCCCGGUGGCGGCGCCAGCUGGCGGCCCUGGGCCGCGUGUACUGCGCGUCUCGCCUCGUCGCUGCGGCCGCCUCCCACCACCGCCUGCUGGGCCUGGUCCGGGGCAUGCAGGCCGCCGACGCCGCCUGCCGGACGGCGUGGGGCGGGGAGGGCGCGGGGCUGGGAGAGGCGGUCACGCUGGCCGACCCGGACUUUGCGGCAAGCCUGAGCGACGUGUGCAACCUGCCAGACUGGCUGGCCGGGUGCGACGCAGAGGAGCUCGCCACUGGCCCGCUGACCUCCGAGUCGCGGCGUCGGGUGCCGGUAUGGACGUGGAUCCUGUUUGGCGCUGCAGCCCUGCUGACACUCACCCUGCUGGGCCUGGGAUACUCCAGCAAGACCACCGCCAACUACAGGCAUGACUCCUUCAUCACAGUUCAAGGCACGCAGGGAUAG